UUCUAUUACGGCCCCAUUAACUCUGUCUGAUCAAUACGAAAAUGUAUCAAGUGUAGUGGUUCAGAAAUCCAAUGCAAUUUAACCGAUCUAACCGAAGGAUCUGUGCCCGAUUAAUUCACUUUGCUGUAAAGCGUUUGUAAAGCGCUGUUCAGUGAGAUCGAUCUGCAAGUAAAAUCUACAAACUACGACAAACAUUUUUACCAUUAAUUUUAUAUCUGACUAUUGGAUCGACAUCAGGAUGGGAAAUAGUGCUUCGAUCAGCAACGCGCUAUUCGAGGUCAUUGGCCCGAACAUGGAGUACCCGGACAUCGAUGAUUCGCCAGGGGAAAUUAUUGCUUGGGGGUCUUUCGGCCACAUUUGCGUAGCUAAUGUUAAAGUUACACACCGUGGCGAGUACACUGGAGCAGACACAAUAACCGUAAAGCAGAUACGUCUCUACAACGAUGCCGCAGAUUUUACUGACCACGAACGCUGGAUGCAAGCCUUGCAAAGAUUACGAACUCUGACUGAGCUUAUGCAUGAAAAUCUUGUUGUCUACCACCAAGUCCUCAUCUGCGCCGCAAAGGGAGCCAUAAUUCAGCUGGCAACAGAUUAUCAUGACACUAAUCUCACCAAUUAUUUAAGAAAUGUCCCAGAAAAAGGAGACGCAAGAAUUAGUUACGAAAAAGUCAUCCAGCUCGCAAAGCAGAUUACACGAGGAUUGGAAUAUCUACAUUCUAAUGACUUAACCCAUGGCGAUUUAAAUCCAGCUUACAUAUGGGUGAGAACUGGACCAGAUAAUCUGGAAACGCUUUUGAUCAGUGAUCUAGAUGGUUGGAUGCUAAUGCGAGACAUCGUUCGAUUUGAUAGAUUCAAUAUUCUUAGGGACAUACCCUACUUACGCUUUAUGUCACCUGAAAUGGUGAGGUUCUUUCAGAAUAAAGAGACUUCGGAAAUUGGAAGCCAAACAGAUAUUUGGAGUCUUGGCUGCAUUAUUUUACAGAUGGUGGAAAACUUCCUACACAUAACAAAUAACCGAUUAGUGAAGGGAGUGUGUUAUGUAGACUCUAGAAACUACCUCGAUGAAGUUGGCUUAGUCGCCCUAAUCGCCGACGGUUACGCGCCGCAUGUGAGUGACGACAUCGAUGAAAACUUAGCGGGCAUCAUUCAACAGUGCUUGGAUAUAUCCAGUUUAAACCGAUUGUCUACCGGGGAAUUGUUGAACAAAUUACAAAAAAUUAACAUUAUAGUCGACCCGAUCGAUGAUCUAGGAUCAGCGACGAUUAUCGGCAGUAAUAUGCAGUACCGCUAUUCACACGUUGAUUAUAUUGGAAGAGGAUCCUUUGGAAUUGUUUAUAAAGCCAAAGUGACAAAACAGGGCAGUUAUAUUGGGCAGAAAUUUAUAGCUGUCAAAGUUAUGCACAUGGGAGUUCAAUCCAAAGGUCCCAAUGAGGGCGAAAGCUGGAUGAAAACCUUAAAACGACUGAGGAAGCUUACUGAAUUGUCUCACAAGCAUCUCGUUGCUUAUUUCAAAAUCUCCAUCGUUGACGCGCCCGGUGGAGCGACCGUCGAACUGGCAAUGAAUUACCAUAAAGGGGAUCUUGCGUCUUACCUUGAGGAGGCUAAGAAAAGUCGGGAUUUACAAAACAGUUAUACCCAUAAAAAGGUUAUCAAAUUCACGAUACAUUUAGCUCGCAGACUGGAGUACUUGCACUGGAAUAGUAUAAUUCAUGGAGAUUUAAAACCCGAAAACAUCCUCGUACAAAUUAUGAAUCAUGGUCGCGAAAAACUACUGAUCGGCGAUUUGGACGAUCUAGUUCAAAUGCGCAAAAGCCAUACUUGUUCCGGGGACAUUUUGCAGCUCCGCGGGACGACGCGUUAUAUGUCACCCGAGAUGUUGCGAAAAUUCACGCAAGUGGGUGACGAGCAACCAGGAAGGAAAACGGAUAUCUGGAGUUUGGGUUGUAUAAUUCUGGACAUGGUUGAAGCCUUGCAAAAUGAACCGGUAAAGCGACUCGCAAAGGAUGGGAAUAUUGUGGAUGCUGGAAGCGAUCUUCCCAGUCACCGGUAUGUGCAUCUGAUCAUCAAUGGAUUCGUGCCACUUGCGAGUGAUAGCGUUGAGAAAAACUUGGCGCGGCUCAUCGGACGCUGCUUGAAUCAAGUUAGUAAUAACAGAAUAUCCGCACAUGCCCUGCUUGGAGCCUUCCGGAAAGAAAAGAAGCAUGUUAUCGUAUUUUUUGCUCACAAGAGGCUUACCACCCUGGAUAAAGCGUUGCUGUUCGAUCCUUUAACUGUUUCCUUUGAAGCGCGAGAAAAGCUCGGAGCACCAACUAUACCGCCACACCGCUGGUCGUAUACGGACCCCAUACUUCCUGGUUUAAAAUCGGAAAUCAUGUUCUGUCUGAGGACCAUUGGUGUGGCAGGACAUGCAGAUGAUACUGAGCACCACUUCUGGAACGUGGUUGACGGGACAUGGCGUACGAUGUCACCGAUGUUGUCAACGAAUUCAUUUGUGGUAAAACGCAAGCUUUAUGUUUGGGACGGAAGGGAAGCUUUUAUGGAGAUGGACGCUUUUACGGGCAGCAUUCUCUCUAUAAGAACUCCUCCGCGAAUCAACCUUCUUUACGGAGAAUGGGUUGCAUUACAAACCGUUUCACGGCUUGACAUUUCCAUUCAUUCUAGGAAACCAGCGCAAAGUGGACAAAAUACAAGCCGGCAACAAGUCCCCCGUGUUGCUGAACAUGGGGACGACGUUGAGGCUUAGACAUGUAAUUUCAUCCCGGGCCAGCGGUGCUCGAAGUAGAAAGAAAGAUAACAGAUAGUGAGCCCACAAGCUCAGCUUUCUCUCUGCCAGUCUUAACAACCUGUGGUUUCGGUAUAUAAGCUUCCUAGAAGAAAACACACACAACGAUGUUUAUCACAUCAUAAACCAAGAAACUUUGUUUGUCUAUACCAUUAUGGACUGAUCAACAUUAACAGCCUUUUAUUGUGGUUCGGGUCCUCCCUUGUUGUAAAUUCCUUCCGUGCUGGAUCCCUAAUCAUGCACAAAGGGU